AGAAAUCGGUAACGGCUUGUGUGGCUGCGUGCCUCGCUAAGAGGAUUGGGAAACUAUCAAUUUCUGUCCUGUUUGCUGCCGCCUUAUCGGUGUUUUGUCCCAGCUGUAGGCCUACAUCGCUGCAGCCUCCCUGUUCUGUAACUGACACUGAAAACCCGCAGAGGAGAGGGCAGAAAGAGCCAUAAAGAUGAGCACCGGAGCGGGCAUCGACUACAGCGUCUGGGAUCACAUCUAUGUGUCCGACGAUGAAGAUGUGACCAAUCCGUAUGUCGACACGCCGAGCUUGUUCAGAAUGAGACACCGGACCCGGCUGGAGAGAAUGGCUGAGUUUCAGCAGAGAGGGGAAGAUCUGGAGAAUAACUUAUUAGAAUGCAAGAAGCUGUUGGAGGAAGCCCAGGGACGACUUAAAGAACUGGAAGAAGGAAGGAACGAAGGAGAGGAGGAUGAGGAGAGAGAGGCUGAGAUCAAGAAAGUCCAGGGCGAGGUCAGAAAACUGAAGAAGGAUGAAAAGUGUUUCGAGAAAAUGAUCGAAGAAUACCGGCGAGAAGAAAAGAAGCUGCCCUGGGAUGUUGACACUAUCAGCAAAGAAGGUUUCAGCAAGAGUGUACUCAACAUCAAUCCUGUAACUAAGGAGGAAAUAGAGGAGGAAAAGGUGGAGAAGCACAAGACCUUUGCUGAGAAGUAUAAAAAAGAAAUCAAACACUUUGGUAUGUUGCGGCGCUGGGGUGACAGUCAGAAGUAUCUGUCAGACAACCCACAUCUGGUCUGUGAAGAGACGGCUAAUUGCCUUGUUGUCAUCUGUAUUGACUUUGAGAUAGAUGAGAAACAUGCACUAAUGGAGCAGGUGGCCCACCAGGCCAUCGUCAUGCAGUUCAUCUUGGAUUUGGCUCGGACGCUUAAGGUCGACGCAAGAGGCUGCUUCAGAGAAUUCUUUUCAAAGAUCCAGACUGCAGACAAGCCGUACCUAGACGAGUUUGACCAUGAGCUGGAGCUGCUGAAGGAGCGGAUCCGCAGCUGCGCGCAGAUGCGGAUGGCGAGUGCUGUGAAGGAGUUAGAGGAAGAAGAGAGGCAGAAGAGACUGGGCCCAGGUGGUUUAGACCCUGUAGAGGUCUAUGAAUCACUGCCAAAGGACAUGCAGAAGAGCUUUGAUGAGAAGAACAUUCAGAUGCUGCAGGAAGCUAUCCGCAAACUGGACCUGGAGGAAGGAAAAUACCACCUCAGGAGGUGUAUUGCCUCUGGACUGUGGGUCCCUGAAUCAGGAGAGAGUGACGAUGAAAAGGAAGACGAUGAAGAGGAUGAGGAAGAAGAUUAGAAUAACAGAACGGAGAACAUUCCAAUGUUUAACAAUUACUUUUUGUGCAACAGUGUGCAAAUAUUGUUAUACUGUAUAUAUCCAACCUAAUGUACAAGUACAUUCUUCUUGAAAAAAAUGUUUAGCAUGCCAUUACAGGCACCUGCCAUUUACAGACUAAACAAUCUGCCUGCGCUGUUGCCCUACUGCGGUCAACAGCACCAUCUCAAGUCUGUUUGGGGACAGACAGCCUGUAAACUACAUCAGAAGCCUGUAUGGUGAACACCUUAUCACUUUUGUGAUUUGUAAAUUUUAAGACCAUCUGAAUUAAAUUGAAUAGAGAACUCCAAAACAAAAUGUGUCCUCAAUAUUCAAAUUGUUAGACUCUAGUUUUAGUCCAGUCCAAUGAAUUCUGAAAAUUACAGUUGUGACUACCAUUUGGGAACUUUGAUGUUUCCAAGUUUGUUUUUUAUUGAGACAUUCAAAGGGGUUGAGUCAACUAGAAAGUGACAUAGAGUAUUUUUUAUUGUUGUUUUGAGUGUCUAUCCUUGUUAUGGUAGGAACUACUGGUAGGCUGAUAAACUGACAGGGCAGAUAUAUCAGCCAAUAUUUGCUUAUUGUAGAUAGAGAGAUGGCUUCCUAUAUGUCAACCAAUAAGUAACAAGAACUUGUAGUUAAUAAAUGUUUAAGAUAUUUUAGAAACCUUUUAUGUUCAUGUAAAUAUCAGCCAAUAUAUGUUGUUAUCAGGUUUUUGUAACUCAAAUACCUAUAUUGGUAUCAACCUCAAAAAUCCAGUAUUGAUCCGGCUGUUGUAGGAACUCCAGACAUCUCAGAGUAAACCUGUCAAGUUUCUUGGAUUUAAUUAGAAUUACAAAGCCCAACCUAGCUUUGCAAAUUUGCAUAUCAACUUGCAACUAAUGAUCAUUUUCAUCAUUGAUUAAUCUGUCGCUUAUUUUCUUGAUUAAUUGAUUAGGCUACUAGUCUUGCGAAUUUUGUGAUAUAAAACAGAGAAAAACAGCAAAUUGUUUGAAAUAGAGAAUGUUUGGCAUUUCUGCAUGAAAAAUGACAAAACAAUUUAAUCGAAUAUCAUAGUACAAUUGUUGCAGAUAAAUUUUCUGUUGGUCCAACUAAUCAGUUAGUGGAGGAAUCGUCUCAACUCUAAAAAUGAUGAGUCCUUCCAACCGCGUGCAAGUCCAAGUAGUUUAGUUUGUAUCUAUAUUAUGGUUGCUGCUUUGUAAUGUAAGAGUUGUUACAAUAUGUCGUAGUGUUUGUGUGUACUGUUUUUUUUUACAAGCAAUAUGUUUUAUUUAGUAUUUAUGUUUGAAGUUGUGAAGUUUAAGUUGUUAUAGAACUUGUACAAUAAACCAGGCAUUUUGUUGU